AUGCACGUCACUGUCCACGUCAUCAGGGCAAAGGUCUGGGCAUCUGGCAACUCGGCGCUUCCUCGACGCUCGCCAGUGUUUACGCCUGACGACCGACUCUCUCGUGCCUGCCAACGCCGACGCAACACUUUUUCUACAUCCCGCACCCGCUUCUCCCAUGUGGCUUGCUUUGGCUGCCUAUCCCUGGGACAGGCACUCAGCAAGCGCAUCGUUCACACUCUUGCGCUCGCCCUCGCUGUCGGGAGGCGUAUGCAGCGAGGUGCGGCGAUGACGUGCAUACCGUUGGGCGCUCGCAGUACGCCUUGCCAGGGCCGGCGGGCAUCAUGCGAGCCCGUCGAUUCUGUUCGGUCGCACGAUAGUUCGCAUGCGGGCAUCCACCCCUGUGUUCAGAUCGCACCCAGAGAAAAGUCAAUGUCGAGCGACUUUGCCUUCGAGCGACCGGGCUACCUCUUCAAGCCGUCUCACGACUUCGCUCGUCGACCUGCACCCCCGAAGCUCACCAUCAGCACUGUCGAAGAAGCAGGCCUUAUGAGCUCACCCGUCUCGCUCGACUCGCCCUGUUUUGGUCGCAUGACGAGCUGCGACGCUGUCGGAUCUCUUAGCGAAUCAUUGAGCCAGAUAACCUCGCCUGAUCCUUGCCCGGACCCAGACGGGUCGUGCAAGCUGACUGACCUUGAUACGUCCCUCAGGAACGCAAAGACUUUUUUCAAUCCUACCAAGAUGAGCGCAAUGGAUAAGGUCAACUACUACAUUCAGCAGAUUGACAAGGAACUGGCCAAGUUCCCUGCACUGCAAAACCUUGAAAAGCAAACUUCAGUACCAAAGUCAUAUGCCGCCAUCGGUGUCAUUGGCCUGCUCGGCUUCUUUGUCUUCUUCAACAUCGCCGCCGGCUUCCUGACCAAUUUCAUCGGCUGGAUCAUCCCUGCCUACUAUUCCCUCAAGGCGCUCGAGACACCUGCGUCGGGCGAUGACACCCAAUGGCUCACCUACUGGGUCGUCUUCGGACUGUUCCAGACGUUCGAGAACCUCAUCUCCGUCGUCUCGUACUUCCCUUACUGGUACACCGUCAAGACAGCGUUCACGCUCUACUUGAUUCUGCCCCAGACUCGCGGUGCCGAGGUCAUCUACCACAAGGCGCUCCGACCGUUGUUCCACGACACAAAGUCAAAGAUGCACGGUAGCUCUGCGCCCGCAGUACCUACCCAGAUCGGUGUAUGUCAGGACGCUCUCAUACGGUUGCAACGCGCCAGAGUCUCUCAUUUACAAUUUUCUCGACUGCUCACAAGAUACGGCCUGACCUCGAAACGAACGAAAUACCAUCAUGACUUCAUUGACGUCCUCAUAAGGCGAUGCAAGCUCACAACCAUCAAAUCACACAACCCGACUCCUUCCUCAAAGCCGACCUUCGUCAACACACGAACUCGACGAUGGGAAGCUCAAAGUCAACCGGAUCCCAAGUUGAGAUGUAUCAAGAGCGCUCGCUCUCAUAGACAGAAUGAAUGA